AUGUCUUCGGUACUCGCCAUGGGGAAUGCUAGGGGGCGAAGAGAAGGAAAAAUCCUAGUCAUCAACCCUAAUUCGUCCCAAAGCAUGACCGAAUCACUCGUGACCAUGUUCCAGACUUGGCCUCCCCCUGCACACGUUACCUUGUCCUUCUUCACCGGCCCCCCAGAAUGCCCCAAAUCUAUUGAUGAUGAGGAAGGAUGUCAUGCCUCGGCAAGGGUCUGCUUAUCACAGCUGCUUCCUAGUCUUCAUGCGCAAGAAUACGAUGGCUAUCUCGUUGCUUGCUACAGCGAGCACCCGCUCCCUCGGCUUCUCCGCGAGGCAUCUCAAGGCAAGGUCCCAACUCUGGGCAUCUUUGAGGCCUCGGUCCUGUACUCUCUAGCCCACACGACUCCGUCGGACAAGUUCGGUAUCAUCACCACUGGCCAAGUCUGGGAAACGCUCUUGACCAACGCCCUCGCCAAUUUCUUGGGUGCACGCGACUCGACAAGGUUUGCUGGUGUCAUGUCCACGGGGUACACUGCAAUCGAGCUUCAUCAGGUGCCUCAGGCCGAGGUGUAUCGCAAGAUAGGUCAGGCGGCCAAGGUACUUGUUCAGGACCGGGGCGCGAGCGCUAUUUGCCUUGGUUGUGCGGGGAUGGUAGGGAUGGAAGAAGCUAUCACGCAAGCUCUUGGCGAGAAGCUGGCCGAAAAGGUUCUGAUCGUUGAUGGAGUCAAGGCCGGGGUGCUUUUGCUUAGUAGUAUGGUUUGA